AUUCAGUGCUCUGUUCUUUAUUACCACCUUGAAUCGCUUUCCCUCCGCGGGAGAAAUUUACUCUCUCUCUCUCUCUAGAGAUGGAAGCUAACUCUGCUUCCAAAUGGUGUUUUUUUCUCUCCUUGUUUUUGAUUUGGGGAGUUCAAUUAACACAAUGCAAUGUUACUUACGAUAGGAAAGCUCUAAUUAUCAAUGGGCAUAAGAGAAUUCUCUUCUCCGGCUCCAUACAUUACCCAAGAAGCACCCCUCAGAUGUGGAAAGGUCUUAUACAGAAGGCCAAAGAUGGAGGCUUGGAUGUUAUUGACACAUAUGUGUUUUGGAAUCUUCAUGAACCUUCAUCUGGCAAUUAUAAUUUUGAGGGAAGGUAUGAUUUGGUUGGAUUCAUAAAGAUGGUCCAGAAAGCAGGGCUAUAUGUGCAUCUGCGAAUUGGGCCUUAUAUUUGUGCAGAAUGGAAUUUUGGUGGUUUUCCUGUUUGGUUGCACUAUGUUCCUGGCAUCAGUUUCAGAACAGAUAAUAAACCCUUCAAGAUAGCAAUGCGGAGGUUUACCGAAAAAAUUGUCCAAAUGAUGAAGGAUGAGAAGUUGUUUGAGUCUCAAGGUGGUCCCAUCAUCCUCUCUCAGAUUGAGAAUGAGUACGGGGCAAUAAGCAAGUUAUUCGGCAAUGCUAGUCUUGCAUACAUGAGAUGGGCGGCGAAAAUGGCAGUUGAAUUGCGUACAGGAGUCCCGUGGGUUAUGUGCAAGCAAGAUGAUGCUCCGGAUCCAGUGAUUAAUACGUGCAAUAAUUUUUACUGCGAUGAUUUCUCUCCAAACAAACCUUACAAACCCACUAUGUGGACCGAGGCUUGGACUGGCUGGUUUACGGAAUUUGGUGGCCCAAUUCCGCGGCGAUCAGUUGAAGAUUUAGCGUUUGCAGUUGCCCGCUUCAUUCAAAAGGGAGGCUCAUUCGUGAAUUACUACAUGUAUCAAGGAGGGACCAACUUUGGAAGAACAACAGGCCCUUUCAUCACUACCAGCUAUGACUAUGAUGCUCCUAUUGAUGAAUAUGGCUUGAUUAGGCAACCUAAGUAUGGCCAUCUGAAGGAGCUGCAUAGAGCUAUUAAGCUAUGCGAGCGAGCUUUAGUUUCUGCUGAUCCUACCGUUACUAGGUUAGGAAGUCAUGAACAGGCACAUGUAUUUUCUUCCGAGUCAGGAGACUGUGUGGCUUUUCUUUCCAACUACCAUAUACAGAGAGAUGCGAGGGUUAGAUUUAAUAACAUGCUCUAUGACCUCCCUCCUUGGUCCAUCAGCAUUCUUCGGGAUUGCAAAAAUGUUGUCUUUAACACUGCCAAGGUUGGAGUUCAAACAUCCAAGACGCAGAUGUUGCCAACCAAUGCUAAGCUUCUCUCUUGGGAAACAUUCAGUGAAGAUUUGUCUUCUGCUAAUGAUGAUACAAACAUUACAACAGUCGGUUUAUUGGAGCAACUAAAUGUUACCAGAGAUAUCAGUGACUACCUCUGGUACUCGACUAGUGUUGAUAUUCGUCCAUCUGCAUCAUUUCUUCGUCGAGGCCAGCCUAUCACACUCACUGUGCAGUCAGCUGGUGAUGCAUUGCACGUGUUUGUAAAUGGACAACUAUCUGGGUCUGCUUUUGGAUCUAGGGAGUACAGACGAUUUACUUUUACAGGAGAAGUCAAUCUGCAAGCUGGACCAAACAUAAUUUCCCUUCUCAGUGUAGCUGUUGGAUUGUCGAACAAUGGGCCUCGUUUUGAGACAUGGAACUUAGGAGUACUAGGACCAGUUGUUCUACAUGGUCCACACAAGGGAAAGAGGGACUUAUCCAGGCAGAAAUGGUCAUACAAGGUUGGGCUCAAAGGAGAAAGGAUGAAUCUAGUUUCUCCAAUUGGAGUUUCACCGGUUGGCUGGAUGCCCAAAUCCUUAUUUGCAAGAAGUCCACGACCCCUUACAUGGUAUAAGGCUUAUUUCAAUGCACCGGAUGGAGAUGAGCCAUUGGCUCUAGACAUGGUCAGCAUGGGUAAAGGUCAAGUAUGGAUAAACGGGCAGAACAUUGGGAGAUAUUGGACUCUCCAUGCUAAUGGCAAUUGCACGCAGUGUAGCUAUUCCGGACAUUAUAAACCUACAAAGUGUGAACUUGGUUGUGGGCAACCAACUCAAAGAUGGUACCAUGUUCCUCGGUCAUGGUUGAAGCCAACUCAUAAUCAACUGGUUGUUUUUGAAGAACUGCUUGGAGAUGUAUCAAGGAUUUCGCUUGUGAAAAGAUCAUUCACUAAUUCCUAGGGGAUGAAAGAUGAAUACACAUUGUCAUUGUAUGCUCUAUUUGCAAAUAUUGGGAAAUCAAAUCUAAAUCAGAUAUAAGUUAUGAAGGCAAAUGCAAAAUUUUAUAGCAAGCUUCUCAAUCACAAUGCUUGUAGUUGAAUAGAAAAUUUAAUGCAGAGUACACCAAAAAUAAAUAAGCAGUACCACGCCAUCUGUGAUUUCGUGUUCUCAUCUUUCUAUUUUUACGAUAGACUUGAUAGUUGAUAUGAUCAUCUUUUGACGCUUGUAGAAUCAUCAACUGGAUGCCAAUACCGGUUAAAAAACCACAACGAAUCAGCUUCCACAGCAUACCCAUCUUGAUUACGGUGCCAAC